CGACCCGUACACAGAUCACGUGAUUAGAACCACCAGGGCUACAACAGCUCGCUUGCUAGUUCUGGGGAAUUGAUUGUUGUUCGGGAAGCUUCUGCAACAUAAUUGUGACUUUAUUAGCAACUAUAUCCGUUUAUAGCAAUGGCGUAUCAGCUCUACAGAAACACGACGCUGGGCAACAGUCUCCAGGAGAGCCUGGACGAGCUCAUCCAGACACAGCAAAUAACCCCCCAACUAGCACUACAGGUGCUGCUCCAGUUCGAUAAAGCCAUCAAUACAGCACUGGCCAACCGGGUACGGAACAGGGUCAACUUCCGAGGCUCACUAAACACCUACAGAUUCUGCGACAACGUGUGGACAUUUGUUUUGAACGACGUGGAGUUCAGGGAAGUCACUGACCUGGUCAAGGUGGAUAAAGUCAAAAUUGUCGCUUGCGAUGGAAAGAGCGGCCCAGAAGCGAGCUAAGCAGAUGACGACAGCGCUGCUACGGAAUAAGUCAGUAAACAUUACACUGGGUCAAAUGCAGAGUGAAGAACAUCUGUUGACAAGAUGGAAAAUGGGGGCACAGGACAAAGCCUUAACCACAGUCAAGACUGUAUAUAUAAUUUAUCACAGAAAUGUUCUGUAAAGAAGAGUUGAAACAAACCUUGUACAUAUAUGACCUUGAAUCUGUAGGACCAGUGAGUGAACGGACCAGUCUAGCCAUAGUAGUUGCAUGAUUCUUACUUUUUCUUUUUUUCAUCAGGCAAUCGCCACAUUUUGAGUGGUAUUGUUGAGCUGAGUCAUCUUUAAUAAACCUAUAUUUGAAAUGAA